AAUACUUUUUACUCAAUUCACCGACUCAAGUCUCAAGGGGGAUCUCCAGCGUUCUCUACGCCCAAUUCAAACUCACUCUCUCAUCUCAGAGUCGUCGAGGGUCGAGAGACUGGAAUUGCAGAUUUGAAGUAAACGAUAAUGGACCGCAAACAGUCUGGUGGAGAAGAUGUUUCACCUGCACAAGCAGUGUUACUUGGAGCCCUAGCCCCUGGUGUCAACGGUCCCACUUGGAAUACCCUAAAAGUAGCGUUUCUGUUGUUGGGUCUCUGUCUUGCUGCUAUGCUGGGCUUAGCUUUCUCUUCCAGCGACUCUGUAUUGGUUCUUCAUGUUGCAUUCCUUGUUCUAAUUACUGGGACUCUGUUCUUGCUUCUAAGCAGGUUUCUUGCACAAACUGGUCUGGUUUCUGUUGAACAGCAAAUGCAGGAGAUGGGCUUGGCACCAAAACAUGAUGGAGAGAGGAGCAAAAAAAGCAACUGAAGUUUUAUUCUUUAACCAAUACCAUAUUGCAAGUGAUCCAUCAACACAUUUCGUUAGUCAUAAGAAAGAUGUACAGUUUGCGAUGCAUUUCUCCAAGAAGGAAAGAAAGAAGGAAAGAAAAAGUAAAAAAGAAGGGAAAGAUCAGAAACAGUUGGCAAAUUUUGCAGAAGUUUCCACAAGUUUUCGUGAGACUGCCACAUUGGUUUCAUCUUUCAGUCACCCUUUGUUUCCUUCUCCUUCUCCUUCUCCUUCGAUUUGCCCUUUUUUUGCUGAAUGAAGCAGAAACACGAGCAGCACGGGAACUGAAACAGGAACUUCAUUUCCUCCUGUUCCUCUGAUGUCUAUUGUUCGGAAAAAUCAUUAUAUAUAGAAAGAGGAUUGCACUGCUGGUUUUACCAUUUCGUUUUUCCUAGUAUUUAUUUUUCAUUGGAUCUUAUUCCUAUUCCUUACAGAUGAGGAGAUGCCUAACUUCUUUGUUUCCAUGAUCCAAGCCACUGGGUCAUUUUAUGCUUCCUUUUGUAUUCUUUUACUCAAAGUAAAGUUUUUUGAGCUGGCA